UCAGGGCUUCAGACCACCAGCAGACUUCCUAAUCGACACAACCGAUCGCUCUAUCUCCUCGUCUAGCCACAUCUUUGCUUUAUUCUAUUUUUGAUUUACAACCACAUUCUGCACCUCUACUCGGACCGUUCCUUUCAUUCAAUUUGCACUCUUGUUGCUCUCCUUAUACAUCCGAUCGCUCUUCUGAUCUGAAACCUGCGAAAUCGAUCCGUCUGCCUUAAACACAUUCGACCGUACCUACACGUGGUUAAAAAGUAUGGUGGUGAACUGCACCGUGCUGCCGCUGUCAUGUCCGCCGACGUGCCCGCUCCGUCGCUGAGGAAGACGAAGUCAUUUGCGCGGAGCUCCAAGCCGAGCACCAGGAUGUGUAUUCGGGAACAAAGGAGUAUCAUAACCAUGUCGUCUCCAGAGAUGUGCUGGCCGGUGCCGAUGCGAGCCAUCGGGGCCCAGAACCUCCUCACCAUGCCGGGGGGAGUCUCCACGGCGGGAUACCUGCACAAGAAGGGAGGCAGCCAGUUCAGCCUCAUGAAAUGGCCUCUGAGGUACAUCAUCAUCCAUAAGGGCUGCGUGUACUACUAUAAGAGCAGUACCCAUCCAGCCCCACAGGGGGCGUUCUCUCUCAACGGCUACAACAGAGUGAUGCGAGCCGCCGAGGAGACGACGUCCAGCAACGUCUUUCCUUUCAAGAUCGUCCACUUCAGUAAGAAACACAGAACGUGGUUCUUCUCAGCCGCCAGCGAAGACGAGAGGAGGAAGUGGAUGCGAUACCUGCGGAGGGAGAUCGAUCACUAUAACGACAGAAAAGAUUCCCAGAUUCCAAGUGACUCAGAUUCAGAUGCUGACAGUUUCUACGGCACCAUUGAGAGGCCCUUGGACAUUAAACAUCAUGUCGAAACCCCAGGAGAUGAUUACAUUGAGGAUGAUGACGAUGAAGACGACGAGGAAGACUAUCUGAAGCCGGACAGUGACCGUUCGCCGACAUCUACAGGUCGACCCACAGGACCACCUCCUUCCUACCCUCCUCCCCCGGUGCCGGAUGUGCUCCCAUCGCGCCAAGACUCCAGUGCGGGUUUCCACAAAGGUCUUCCUCCUCCCCUCCCGCCACAACACAGAAUCCCAACCAGUCCUCUUCCUAAGAAACCUCCGCCUUCUAUCCCACCUCCCUCCAUACCAAAAGACAAAGGCCUUCCACCUCCUAUCCCUUUUGCCCCUCAUCUACGUAGGUCCACGUCUCCAACCCCUCCACCAAUUCCUCCUCCGAACCCAAAGAAGACUCUUCCGAACAGGGGGUUCUCAUUGGGGGGUACUGACAAGAGUAACUGGAAGGCUCUGCCGCCGAUGCCGAUUCAGUCACCGGCCACUCUUCCCAUCUGUGACCACUUAGAAAGCAGGUUGCCACUAAAUGGUCCCUUUCACAUCCCUCUUAAUGCUGGAGGGAGCCAGUCGUUGGCAAACAACCACCUCCGCAGCAAGCCAGGUCUACCGACUCGGCCAUCCGUAAGCCCCGCAGCAUCCGUCCUGUCCCUCAACCACAUACUGCCUGGGCGUCCAUCAUCGCCUGGCCACCCUCCAGUCUCUCCACUGCUUAAACACAAUAAACCGAUGACACCCAAACCACCUCCACCGACGGUCAAACCACCAGUGCCUGCUGCCAAGUCCAAGCCGCAAGGAACACCGCUUCAAAGAACAUCUCCAGAAGGACAGAGUUUCCGCUCGCUGGGAGAAGAGACGCCUACAGAUUUCAGGCGGAAACAAGACGCGAUCAAACCCGGCGGAGGAGACGAUUCUGACGACGACUACGAGAAUGUGCAACUUCCAGACUCAGUGUUUAUUGAUUCAACUGAAACCAGCUUUGUGGAAAAGUUAUUCAGGGAGACCUCAGUUUCUCCACAGGAUGGACUGUAUGGCAUCAGAAACUCAGGAACCAAAACAGCAAAGGUGCUGGUGGUUUGGGACGUCAGUGUAAGCAAAGCCAGAAACUACCGACUGUUUGAAGAGGACGGCUGCAUAUUUCUGGAGAGCGACAUGACCUUCCCCAACCUGUCGGCUCUGAUCGAACACUACUUCAGCCAUCCUCUUCCUCAGCACGGCUCGCUGUGCCUGCAGAAGCCCUACAACCCCUGAGGCUGCCGACUCAAACGAGGCUGAAGCCGAAGCAAAAACAAACGGCGUCUCUGCAGCUGGAAUCCAUCUCUGUCAGCAAGGCGUGGACGUACGAUAAGUCACACGGGCUAAAAAAGAAAGCUGCCACAGGAUACCUCUCACUGUUCAGUGGAUUAAAAACAAAACAAACUGCAUUUUCACCUUUUUUUUUUUGCAACAUAUUUAAGACAAACUAGACUCUUAUUAUCUUACUAUGUUCGUUCUACUCUCUGUACUGGAAACAUGUUAAAUUAUCAAUGAAAGACUUUCUGUCUAAUGGAUCCAACAUCUCGAUUAAUCAAACGUUCCUGCUGUUUUACGCAAACUGUGAAGAAUCAGCGUGAGAUGAUGAAGCACCAGUUUUAUAGAUGAGAUGCGUUUCGUCCACCGGGGGGCGCUGUUACACCAAAAUGGCUGCUUUAAAAAAAAAAUUCAAGUCACAUUUCCACACUAUGUCCACAACCUUUAAGUUAUAUUUUAGUGCAUUUAUUUACAUUUGAUCGAGUUUUCUAAAGGCACAUCGGCCAACCAUAUGUACGUGGUGUCAUUUUAAAUUUCUAUUUUAAAAAGAUGUAUUUAAUAUUCUGUUUUACACGAUAAGAUUCUGCAUUAUUAAUACCAGCCUCAUCAAGAUUAAUAGAUUUUAAUUCAGGAGAUAAAAACCUGUGAAGGUUGUGCCAUAACGCUGUGGACAUGAAUAAUGAACACGUCGUCAUAAAUCUCACCUUUUUUAUGUCUGUGAGUUAUAGCGGGUCCUAAAACCAACAUGCCACAUGAUUUGUUGUUUUCUCUAUUUUCACAUCACGUACCACAAAAUAAUCCCAUUUUGGCCUCUUUAGGGAGCCAAAUAACCCAAAGAGGCUUCAUUCCACAUGCAAGCAGAAAUGUUUUAAUACAAAUUUAAACUUUCAGCCUCAUUUCUGUGUCAUUAACAGCCAGCAUGUCUUGUUCAGGUGCAAAGAUCUGAAACUAUAAUCAUGAUGUUUGCUUGCAGACCUGUACAACACUCCUGGUUUACCACACUAGGAAAAGUUUCAAAGCUCCUCUUUGUCAGGUUUCUAAACUCAAACCUUUUUUAAAAAUGCAACGAUGCUGAAGUUCGACAACAUCUCAUUUAUUCACAGAGAAAUAAAUCCAAACUAUAACUGAUGCCACAUCAAACACACAUUCUACAGUUUGUGCAGCACUGACUUUAUGCUGUAAAAUCUAUAUUUAUAUGUAAAUGCUGUAUGUACUGUACAAAAAAACAAAAAACGUGUGUAAAAAAAUGUAAAUAUAUUAUUUUUUACAGAAAUAUAUGUCGAAAAUACAUAAAGGAUUACUUCUA